ACUUCAACCCUGUACUUUGAUGACAAAAAGGUGGUAAAGAAGUCAGCAAUAUCGGGUCUUGUCUCAAAAACGUUUGAUGACCAAAGUCUGGUGGAUGCAAAAAGCUGCUAAAUCGAGCUGCUGCUGGUUUUGUGGGUCUGAGCGAGAGAAAUAUACUGAGAGAGACAAACAGCAAAAUAAAGUAUCGCAUUCAUAACGUCAAGUUUACCAAUAAAGCUACGCCAAGACCAGUUACCGCAAAAUCCGUUCAAGCUCAACAUCAA